AUGUCAUCAGACGAGCUCAUCUGGGACGUGAUCAAUAACCAGUUUUGUGCCUUCAAGAUCAAAACAGGCAAAGGUCAGGACUUUUGCAGAAAUGAAUACAAUGUCACGGGUUUGUGUGAACGAGCCUCGUGCCCGUUGGCUAACUCAAGAUACGCCACAGUGAAGAACGUGGAGGGUAAAUUGUACCUCUACAUGAAGACUGCUGAGAGAGCCCACAUGCCCAAGAACCUUUGGGAAAGGGUCAGAUUGCUGAAAAACUUCGCAAAAGCUAUGGAGCAAAUCGAUGAGAACCUCAUUUACUGGAACAAGUUCUUGAUUAACAAGUGCAAACAGAGGUUGACCAGGUUGACCCAGGUCGCCAUGACAGAAAGAAGACUUGCAUUGACUGAAGAGGAGAGACACUACGUGGGAAUCAAGCCAAAGAUCAAGAGAAGAGAGGAAAACAGAGAAAGAAAGGCUUUGGCCGCUGCCAAGAUCGAGAAGAAUAUCGAGAAGGAGUUGUUGGAGAGAUUGAAGAGUGGUGCCUAUGGCGACAAACCAUUGAAUGUGGACGAGAAGAUAUGGAGGAAAGUCCUCGGAAAGGUCGACGAGGUGGAAGACGAAGAGGAGUUUGAUGAAGAUGACGAUGUCGUGUUGGAGAGUGGUGAUGAGGACGACGGAGGAGAGGUUGAGUUUGUUGAGGACGAUGGCGAUGAUGAGUUGGUUGACAUGGAGGAUCUUGAAAGAUGGCUUGGCGACGGGUCCGCCAGCGAGUCCGAGGACGAUGAUGAAGAAGACGAAGACAAGGAAGACAAGGCUGACAGCUCCAACAAGCGUGCAGCACCACAGGAGAAGGCCGCCAAGAGAAGAAGACCUAAGGUGGAGAUUGAGUACGAACAAGAAGACAACCUUCAAACCAACAUUGCCGUUUGA